CCCCAUCACCUCACAGCCAGGAAGUGGCUUGGGAGAACUUGGGACUACAUCCUGGCUGGCAUGGAAAGGAGGCGAGGCUGACCAAGGAUGUCCACCUUGUGUCAUCUUUAGCGCCGCGGCCAUGCCCAGCUCGGAGCUGUGGGCGGUGGAUCUCUUCGGCAGGGUGUUCACGCUGUCCACGGCCGGGCAGCAAUGGGAGCUGUGCAGGGACGCCCAGCUGGAGUUCAAGCGAGUCAGUGCGGCCGCGCCGUGCUGCUGGGGCAUCGCCUGCGACAACCAGGUGUACGUGCGCGUGGGCGCCAGCGACGUCCCCAUCCGCUGCCGGGAGGAGGCCUAUGAGAAUCAGCGCUGGAACCCCGUGGGCGGCUUCUGCGAGGCGCUCCUGCCGAGCGACCGCUGGCCGUGGAGCGACGUCAGUGGGCUCCAGCACCGGCCGCUGGAUGGGGUGGCGCUGCCUUCGCCGCAUUGGGAGUGGGAGUCGGACUGGUACGUGGACGAGAAUUUUGGAGGGGAGCCCACAGAGAAAGGGGGGUGGACAUAUGCCAUUGACUUCCCCCACACGUACACGAGGGACAAGAAGUGGAAUUCCUGUGUGCGGCGCCGGCGGUGGACCCGGUACAGGAGAUACAAGUCCCGGGACACCUGGGCCAAGAUCCCGUCGGAGGAUGACCCCCAGCAGUUGCCUGACCCCUUCAGCGACCUCUCUCUGGGGGGUUGGGAGAUCACAGAUGAGCCCGUGGGCCACCUGUCCGUGUGGGCCGUGUCUCUGCAGGGGAAGGUGUGGUACAGAGAGGACGUCAGCCACUCCAACCCCGAAGGCUCGUCGUGGUCCCUGGUGGACACCCCAGGGGAGGCGGUUCAGAUCAGCUGUGGGCCCCACGACCUGCUGUGGGUGUCGCUCUGGGAGGGACAGGCCUUGGUCCGGGAAGGAAUCAACAGGAACAAUCCCAAAGGAAGUUCGUGGUCCGUGGUGGAGCCUCCCACGUCUGAAAAUGGAAUCCUGCAUGUCUCCGCAGGAGUCGGUGUCGUCUGGGCCGUCACCAAGGACCGGAAGGUUUGGUUCCGAAGAGGCGUCAAUUCUCACAACCCCUGUGGCACCAGCUGGAUCGAGAUGGUUGGAGAAAUGAUGAUGGUGAACGUGGGGCUCAACGACCAGGUCUGGGGCAUCGGCUGGACGGACCGGGCCUUGUACUUCCGUCACGGCGUCACCCAGAGCGAGCUCAGCGGGAAGACGUGGAAGGCCAUUGUCGCCGGCCGGGAGUGUGAUGGCUCACGCGCGGGCAGCUUGUCCAGCCUCCUCAGCGCCGGCUGCUUCUUUGGCGACGAGGUGAGGGGUGGUGGCGAGUCCUGUGUGCCAAGCGACUCGGAGGCCGAGAGACCUGGGCCUGACCCUGAGCGUGAUGUGGAGGUCGCCGGCCCUGCCUCCGCCCCGGCCGAGCUGCCCUGGACCAACAUCGACCUGAAGGAGCCCAAGAAAGGGCCCAGCCAUGCGGCCGCUGACUUUCCCGAGGCCACCAACCUCUCCUCGCUGGCACUUCUGCCGCUGGGCCUGGAGGAGCCCGACAGCGCCGACUGCCACGCGCUGUGGGCCUGGGUGUCCGGAGGAGGCUGUGCUGUGGAGGCCCACACCACGCUCAAGUGGUUCACCGCCCACUCGGGCCUGCCCGCCUCCAUGCAGAUGCUCUCGCUGCCCAUCACGCCGGCCCAGACGGCCGCCUGGCGGAAGCAGAUCUUCCAGCAACUCACCGAGAGGACCCAGCGGGAGCUGGAGAACUUCCGACACUACGAGCAGGCCGUGGAGCAGUCGGUGUGGGUGAAGACGGGGGCCCUGCAGUGGUGGUGCGACUGGAAACCCCACAAGUGGGUGGAUGUCCGUGUGGCCCUGGAACAGUUCACGGGCCACGAUGGAGUUCGGGACAGCAUCCUUUUCAUCUACUACAUGGUCCACGAGGAGAAGAAGUACAUCCACGUGUUCCUCAACGAGGUGACGGCGCUGGUCCCCGUGCUCAAUGAGGCCAAGCACUCCUUCGCCGUGUACACCCCCGAGAGGACGCGGCAGAGGUGGCCUGUGCGCCUGGCCGCUGCCACCGAGCAGGACAUGAGCGACUGGCUCGCCCUGCUCAACCUAUGCUGCUGUGAGAGCCGGAGGGUGCACGGCCGCCCCUCCCCGCAGGCCAUCUGGUCCGUCACCUGCAAGGGGGACAUCUUCGUGAGCGAGCCCAGCCCAGACCUCGAGGCCCCCGAGCGCUGGCUGCCCUGUGACCAGAUGUUCUGGCGGCAAAUGGGAGGCCACCUGCGGGUGGUGGAGGCCAACAGCCGGGGCGUGGUGUGGGGCAUCGGCUAUGACCACACGGCCUGGGUGUACACGGGUGGCUACGGCGGAGGCUGCUUCCAAGGCCUGGCCAGCAGUACCAGCAACAUCUACACGCAGUCGGACGUAAAGUGUGUCUACAUCUAUGAGAACCAGCGCUGGAACCCUGUCACGGGCUACACCAGCAGGGGUCUGCCCACCGACCGGUACAUGUGGAGUGACGCCACGGGCCUGCAGGAGUGCACCAAGGCCAGCACGAAGCCCCCGUCCCUGCAGUGGGCCUGGGUUUCUGACUGGUUCGUGGAUUUCAGCGUCCCUGGGGGCACGGACCAGGAGGGGUGGCAGUACGCCAGCGACUUCCCUGCCUUGUACCACGGGCACAAAACCAUGAAGGAUUUCGUCAGGAGAAGGUGCUGGACCAGAAAGUGCAAGCUGGUGACCAGCGGGCCCUGGCUGGAGGUGGCCCCCAUCGCCCUGGGGGACGUGUCCAUCAUUCCGGAGAUCCCGGGUGCCCACGGGAGCGGGCCCGGCAUCGCGCUCUGGGCCGUCAGCGACAAGGGGGACGUGUUGUGCCGUCUGGGCGUGUGCGAGCUCAACCCCGCGGGCUCCUCCUGGCUGCACGUGGGCACCGACCAGCCCUUCGCCUCCGUCUCCAUCGGGGGCUGCUACCAGGUGUGGGCCGUGGCCAGGGACGGUUCCGCCUUCUACCGUGGCUCUGUGUCCCCGUCCAAGCCGGCUGGUCUGGGUCAUCGCCGACAAAGUCCAGGGGAGCCAAAGCCUGAGCCGGGGAACUGUGUGUCGCCGCACGGGUGUGCAGCCCCUGGAGCCCACGGGGCAGGGCUGGGACUAUGGCAUCGGGGGGGGCUGGGAUCACCUGUCCGUCCGGGCCAGUGCCACCAGGGCCCCCAGGAGCUCGUCCCAGGAGACGGCCGGCAAGCGGAGAGGGGAGCUGGGCCUCCCCAGUGGGCCCUCGAAGGUGGCCGGUGCCCCGCAGGAGACCCCCAAUCCUGUCUGCUGUUGAGGCCGCUUCCCCUCACCUGGAGCAGGUGUGAUGCUGGGUUUGAAGGACCAAGGUUGAUGCAAGCCUUCCUGUCGAGAGCUGUUCUCGUGCUGAACGUGCUGAAACGUGGAUCCCAGGAGUGGUAUCUCCAGGCCCAGAUUCGAGACUGGGGAGGGAACCUGGCCUGAGGUCAUGGCCACCUGGGAGGCACUGAAACAACCCAGAAAUGUGAAGCCCUGUGGACGCUGUGUGUCCCCGGCUGUGAGAAGAACGUGGGGUGUGGGGUGCAGACCCCUUCGCCCCGGCCUCUCCUGCCCGUCCCUUCCCUCUCUGCCUCCUCCCUCUCCAGGACGGGAGCCUGGAGCCUUCCAGGAGCACUGCCCCUGGGGAAGAGAGCCCACGAAGGACCCCUGAGCCCCGGGCAUCCCCAGACGGCGUCGGCCCUGCCCCCUAAAGAAAAAUGGCUGUGGGGCUCAGGGUGGCUUUGCCUGGACCUGAUGAGUUCUCAGAGGAAGAUUCGCAAACGGGGUUUCCUUUCAAAAGUUAAGGAAGGAGUUGGAAGGUUGGAAAUAAGUGCUGGGGAGGGGCGUCUUCUUCCCCGGGUGGGCCGGGCCCUCCUGGGGUGGUCGGAGGACGGAGGGGCCGCCUGUGGCUGCAAGAAGCUGUCCAAGUGCAGAGUCACCGUCGUCGGUCCUCAGCCAGCCCUUCCUCUGACGGGGUUGGGGGCUGGGGGCUCCUUUUACAUCGGAUCAUGUCGCAGGGGGUGGGGCGGGUGGAGACCAGCCGAGAGGGGCCUGGAGGCCUCAGCCCGGAGCAGAGCCCUAGGGAGGCAGCCCCACUCCCAGCGGGCAGCUUCUCAGCUGCUUUUUUUUUUUAAAUCAGAAAAAGGCCCCAUUUGGUGCAGGCUCAAAUUGGCUUCCCACAGCCAGACGCGUUGCCCGGGGGUCAUCAGAGCGCAUGUCCCGUCUCUGCUCAUUUUGAGAUGGAUCGAGCUGACCGCCAGCUUCCCCGGCGUUCCCGUCAGGAGGGCUCGGCUGUGCACUGUUUUGUGGUGCAGUGUUUGCCGCCCAGAAGCUGACUCUAAGGAGGUCUCCCUUGGGUCCCCUCCUGAGGGGCACUGGAGGGAGCCGGUGGCCUCUGCCUUUGCCCCGUCUCCUGGAGGUGGGACCGGGAGCCGCGAGUCUGGGGGCAGUGCCCAGGCAAAGCAAGUGAAGGGCCCGGUGGGCGGCGCCCUCCUGUCUGUUUACACUCGUGGUUGUCAGGUUUCUCCGAGCGGGCAUCACCGUUUCUUCUGCGGCAGCGCCCUGUCGUCCUGCUGUGACUCGCUGGUUUCACCCUGCCCUCUCUCCAGGGCGACCGUGUCCCCUCCUUGCGGAGCACCAACUGCUGACCUGCUCAGCCUCACCGAACCAUCUCGAUUCCUCGGAUGCUUUAUUCAAUAAAAACUUAGGCCAGACUGUCAA